UGUAUUGUAUUGUGUUGUGUUAUGCUGUUGUUUGUUUUAAGAGGAUGUGAAGUAUUAGGAAGAUGAAAACCCAUCUAAGGAUUUUGAGUCUUUUUAUUGUUUUUAGGGAUGUGUUGAUGAAGUCUGGAAAUGUUUAUGAGGGAACAGUAGGACAAACUGUGGAAAUCAGAUGUCCUGUUCCAGAUGAAUACAAAUAUACACCAAAGUACUUUUGCCGUGAUCCGUGUAAGCAUGUUUUGAUUCAAACUGAAAGGACUGAUCAGGUCGUCUCAGAUAGAAAAUAUUCUGUGAUAUUCAAUAUGAAUGCUAAAACCUUCUCCGUAACCAUCAAACAUCUAACACUCAAAGACUCUGGUGUUUAUUACUGUGGACUUGAUAAAUGGUUUCACGACAAACUUAUUAAAGUAAAGCUGUCUGUUAAAGUCUUUAUUCCAGCUCCAGUUUCUUCAUUCAGCUCCACAGGCACACCUAAAUACACAGAUUCAACAUGGACGAAAACAAACUCCUCUGCAUACAGUUCAAGCUCACCCCCAACAGUCCACUUUACAAAUUCCACAGCACAGGUUAAAAAUGUAGAAACAAAUUCUGCAGUCGCCGUGAGUGUUGUGUGCCUAGGUGUUCUGUUACUGCUGGUAUUCUGCUUUCUUGUGGCUUUGGUGUUACUCUACAUGAGAAGAUCACAUACAAAGUCCAAACCUGUGAAUCCUCCAGAUGUCAACCAGACUGUAGGAGACCUCCAUCACCUCUAUGACGAAUUGCUGACAGACCGUUGUGUGGUUGGUCGCCCAGUAGAAUAUAAUGCAUCUUUAAUCUACUCAACAGUGCAAAACUGUGGUCCUGCACCUCAUGAUGAUGUGAACACUUUUUAUUCACUCGUCACUGCAACAAAUAUAAAGUGAGGACAUUACAGAACAGUCUGCUGCAGAACAUUCAUGAUGCUUGUGGUCAAAGUGUUGAAAGAAGCAAAACUGCACGCUGCAUGCUCUCGACACAUGGGGCUGAUUGUGACUCAAUUGUUCCAGAUCAUGUGCAUUUGCUCUUUUUUCUUGCCAUGCUUUGAGCUAUGAAUGUAGCUCUGAGACUUGUAUAGUAUCCCCCAGUGUCUCUUAGUAACAGUGAAGAACGAUAAAGAUUUUUUUUUUCUGGCUGGCAUUUCAAUAUUUGUGGGGUAAAUAGAAGCCACAGAACUUAAAAUGACUAAAAAUAGUUUGAUGCUGAACUCAUCUUUGUGAAAGACACAAAGAUGAGGACGUUACAGGGUUACGUUAAAGGUUUGCAAAUAAUUAAUACAGAUGUGGCUAAACCAGGUUGUGGGCAGAAGAUGUAAUAUAGGAUUAUUUGCAUGGGCCAAAAUAACUUUUUGUCACUCCCACCAAUGAUGUGGGAGUUUCAAAAUCUACAGGUUAGAAAUAUUUUGUAACACAACCAUGAAAUUAUAUAUAACAUCAUAUUUUCAUUUUAAUAUAUCAUAUAUAUAUUUAUAUAUUCGUAUAAAAUUGUCUUUCUCUCAGUCAAACUGCAUCAUGGGUUCUUCUCCUUAUUUUUGACAAGGUGACUUGUACUUGUAUUUGUGGUUUUGUUUUUACUAAUAAGAUCACAAAGGUCAGUUAAAACUUAGAAGCAAAUACUAAUUUAUGAAAUGUACAUUGCAGUUAUUUGUUAGGUAUCACUGUAAGUGUGAUUUAAACAUAAGAAUUUUGCAACAAACUAUGUUGACACUAGCAGAUCAAUGGCAGUGAUGUGUUUUAGGAACAGACUGAGUUGAGAGUGUAACCGCACAAAUGCUUGUGUACUUCACAGUCCCUGGUUGUGUUUUGUUUCUGAUUCUUUGUUCUGCUAUAAAUAAAGUACAUAUC